UCGUGAAUACAUACAUGGUCGUUAAGCAGGCUGUUUUAACCAAAAUAUCAAAACACUCAGCCUUCCUGUCGAGAUGAUGUGCGACACGACAAACCGAAGUUUCCGGACGCAGUUGGCCGCUGUACUGGAAAAGCUAACGAAGGCGGCUUUGGUGGAAAUAGGAAACCUUGCAGACGAGUGCUCCUCCGUCCUUCACACCGAGAUCUCCCUGCACAAGACCGAGAACGAGGCCCUGAAGAAGAGGUGUUACUCCCUGGAGGUCCAGCUGAGAGCGGCGAAGGAGGCGCAGACCUACCCGGCUCAUGUCAACAGUGUCAGCCGCCGACACCCUGCAGAACAGCAGCAGUCUCCUCCAGCCAUUGAUGGAGUGUUUGGAAAGGACUGGUGCAUGGACCUGUGGAGAGAAGACAAAGCUCCCUCUCAAAGGAAAGAGCCAGACCCUGUAAUGACAAGCAUGGGACCCCAGGGAUUAGACUUGAUGGAGAGAGAACCCGAUCUCAUCUUUGUGAAGGAGGAAAUAUAUGAUGAGCAUCCCAUCGGACAGCACAUGAGAGUCACUGAUAACAGAAAAAGUAUUGGACUUUAUGAGGAGGAGAGCAUGCUUCAUAGAUCUGUCAAUGAGCUGCAGCUGCACCCGGGGGAAUUAAACCGCUUCUCCAUGACGACUGACAGCCAAACGCAACAACGCACACAGCCGACAAUUAUGGACAAGUUAAUAGAGGAUGCCACAAUGAACAUGGUCGACAACAGAAUUCCUCCUCCAGACACCGGCGAAUACUUUGACUAUACGAACAAUAUCCACAUGAAUGCAACCAAAGACCUCACCAGUGAGCCCAAACCUGUGAAGCCAACAAAACAGUUUGAGUGCUUAUUCUGUGGGAAAAUAUUCAACUAUUUGAGCAGUUUAAAAGUCCACAUCAGACGCCACUCUGGCGAGAAGCCGUUCAGCUGCACGGUGUGCGGGAAGCGGUUUGCUCAGAAAACGUACCUGAAGCUGCACCAGCGUGUGCACUCGGGGGAGAAGCCGUACAGCUGUCCCGACUGCGGCAAAAGUUUCUCCCAGAAAAGCUCUCUGAACAUACAUCUCCGGACACACACCGGCGAAAAGCCUUACAGCUGUGUUGAUUGUGGGAAAUGUUAUGCAUACAAGUAUGGUUUAAAUCACCACCAGUGUUUCCACAUGCCUGGUGAAGCCUCAUGAAUUUCUACUUAAGUGCUCAGAAUAGUUAAACAUGUGCCAGCAUCUCUACAUGAAGCUCAAAUAUGGAAGAAAAAUUUAAUAAAAAAAUAAAAUAAAAAUUCCAGCUAUGUCAAAGAAAAGCAGCAGUGAUAACAGGGCUGGUGCAAAAUCUUAGCUGGUUGGGUUUGUUUUUAGUUUAGUAGGAAAAAUGCUGCAGCAGCCAAUUGACUGGGUUGGAUUUGUUUUAUCUGAUUGGUCAGAUGCUCACUGCCAAAUUUUGUUGUUUCCUCAGCAAGCCGUUUAAGUCAGUUUCACACUGAUUGAUAAGGAAAGUGUCACAGAUUAAAUGAUACAUUUUCUUACGUUUAAAGAGAGGAGCUCAUCAAAACUACGACAACAAAACUUCCUCACUCACAUUUCAUCCGUUGCAUGUUGUCAUGGUUGGUGUGACAUGUUCUACAUACCUCAGUAUCAUGUUUCAGGUCAGAAAAAAGUCUGUGUCAAAUAAUGAUGAAAUAGUUUCUUUGGACAAGUGCUCCAAUGUUUGCACACAUGUAGCAUAAACCUUCAAAACUACCUCUUCACAACAAAACUGAAGUAAAACGAGUCUCACUGUUUGCUUCAUUGCCGUCACCUCUCUGCCGUUUUCUAUUACCCAUAUGCCACACCUCAUUUUUCGGCAUUAAACUGGGUUGAGUGAGGAAGCCAUGACUGUUAAAAACAAAAAUGUUGAUGUGAAUUAGUAACAUAAUGUUUAAAUGAGUUCAAGAUGUGUUUUUGUUUUUUUCUGGUGUAGGUGGUGUUACUGUUCUAAAUAAAUGUAUUUGUAUUGCUGCUCUAUUAUUGUUGAAAAUCAUGUUGUCAAUAUGCAGUAAAACCAAACUUAGUUUUUUUGUGUUAAUAGUUUUUGUUCAUGAAACCAAAUUGAAUAUUUUUUAUUAUUUCCUUUGAGAAAAUCUUUGUCAUUGUGCAAAGAUAUAAGCAAUUAUCUGUACUGAGUUCUGAUUUUGUCUGUAACAUGAUGCCCCUGAAUGCACCACACUGACCCAAUUGAGUGUAACCCAUUAAUGAAAUCCUGUGCCGCUAAUUAUUCCCCCUCUACUCACUCACUCCUGCAUGCCUUCUUUAAGUUCAAGGGAUGUUGAGUUUAGACAAGAAAAAAAGAUACUUCAAAAAGUAAAGUUUUAUUCAAUACAUUUUAAAUCUCCAUUGUGAACUUUCGUAACCGUGUUUAAUUGUAAAAACAAACUCAAACACAUGAGCAUGAAUUAAAUCACAGCUAACAGAAACAGGACAUUUUGCUACAUACUCAUAUUUUUUUAAGCACCCUUCUAAGGAUUACAAAACAUUACGAACAUGACAACUAACUUUUAAUGUGAGUAGGAGCACAAGAUGCAUUCAGAUAACUAUAGCUACUGAUCUUGCACCAGAAACAGUCACUCACAAGUUUCUAAGAAGUCUUCUAGCUAUGCUACGACGUCACGAUUUCUGUGUGCCAUUAGAUGAUGGUUGAGAUUCCCCUUUUGUGUGAAGGUCUUUCCACAUUUACCACAGCGGAACGGCCUCUCACCAGUAUGGAUGCGUAGGUGACAUUUCAGAUUGACUUUCUGGGUGAACCGUUUCCCACAAAAACUGCACCAGUAAGGUUUCUCUCCGGUGUGGACGACGUAGUGAAUACUCAGAGCCGAUGGGGUCGCAAAGAUCUUCCUGCACAGCUCGCAUGAGUUAGUGACUCCCUGAGAGAGGACUGGAGGCACGCAUGUGGGUUUGUUUAUCUUGCUCUUGUGUGGGAAAUGGUGCUUACAAAUGUUGCAAAAGUUUGACUUGUGAAAGAAUGUCCUGUUACAUAUUUGACAUGUGAAUUUGUUUGAUUUUUUUUGCUUUUAAGCACAUUAAAGUUGUUAAGUGGGUUUUUAUCCAGAACAGUGCUGUUUUCUGUGUUUGCUGUUACUGUCUGCUGCUCGUUUUGUGUGGGUUCACUUGCAGCAUUUAACGUUGGCUCCUGGUGACUUUCCUCAACAAACUGCACAUCAUCAUCAUCCUCCCACAUCAUUCCUUUGAUUGGAAUGAUGUGGGUGCUGAAGGCCUCCUCUGUGUCAUUGACAGAUAUCAGCUGCAUGGACGGUUCUUCAAGACCACCUGCCGACACAGUCUGCUCUUCAUCUUGAUCGAAUGACAGACUGCAAGUGCUGCCAUCAGCCGAGUAACCAACUACCAGCCGCUCUGGCUCCUCAGCCAAGCAUCCUCGG